UAAGGGGGUCACAUGUGCAGAAACUCCAAUUGGUGUUGUAUGCUUUUUUCUCGUUUUCUACUUUCUAGGUGUUGUUUGGAACAUUGUUUUAGACCCCUUUGAAGCCUAUAAAUUUGAGUUCACUAUGUAGCUUCACCUUCAAAAUUUGCCCAUAAUAACAAUAGCUUUGAGCCUUUUUAUCAAACACAAAAAUAUGAGAGCAGCUAUGCCUCCUAUUAAUACAAAGAACAUGUCUACUCCUCUAGAAGAGGAGAGUGAGCUGAGAAGAGGACCAUGGACCCUUGAAGAGGAUACUCUCCUAACACAUUACAUUGCUCGUCAUGGAGAAGGGCGUUGGAAUAUGUUGGCAAAAUGUGCAGGUCUCAAGAGAACUGGUAAAAGUUGCAGGCUAAGGUGGCUGAAUUAUUUAAAACCAGACAUUAAGCGUGGAAACCUGACUCCCCAAGAACAGCUCUUGAUUCUUGAACUUCAUUCCAAAUGGGGAAACAGGUGGUCGAAAAUUGCACAGCAUCUUCCUGGAAGAACUGACAAUGAGAUCAAGAACUACUGGAGAACAAGGGUGCAAAAACAGGCACGCCAACUGAAUAUCGAGUCCAACAGCCAGAGAUUCCUUGAUGCGGUUCGAUGUUUUUGGAUGCCAAGAUUGGUUCAAAAAGUGGAGCAGGCCUCACCUUCUUCCUCCUCCUCCUCCUCUUCUUCUUACUUGAAAGAAAUGUGCACCCAAAGCUCAGUUCCUUCUCAAUUAUCUAGCUGCUGCACAGUCCCUUCAUUCCCAACAGUUUCCCCACUUGCAAACAAAACCACAGACAUUUCAAAUUCAAGUUCAGUCACCACCCAGAACAUUUGUCCCACAGAUUCCAUCAACAAUAUUUCAGACCAAACUGAAAUUCCCCAACACCUAACAGGUUCCAACGUAUAUGGCCAUACAACUCUUGACCAAUGUUACAAUAUCGACAGCAAUGAUUAUGGCAUGGAGGGUAUCAGCUUUGCAUCUAUGUCAGGUGUAGGCUUCUAUGAAGGAACCCCAUCUGAAGGCAACUGGAUGUGUAAUGAGAUGAGUGAUGAUUUGUGGAACAUGGAUGACAUAUGGCAGCUUAGAUCUAUAUAACCAGUGGCAGGGGGGAAUCAAUACUUGUAUCAGAAAUCAAGCAUUAUUGAAGUGAUUAACAAUAAAGAGAUUACUCUGUAGUAUUACUGCUAUUGUUAGUGUAUAUUAGUCUUAUCUGGAUAUUAUCAUUUCAUAUAUAAAAAUAAUUUAUUCAAUUUCUACGAGGAAAUCAAAUUGAUUGCACC